GGGAAUAAAAGUGAUGGAUGUUUUUCAUGUUGAAAGAAAGAAUGAUCGGUGAAACGAUUUCACUUUUUUAAUUCUUUAUCUGUUUCUUAAACCACCCCACCUAAAUUUUGUCAUCGUGUCUUGAGUUGUCUUAUUUCGUUAAAAUAAAAAAGAGAGGGUGGAAAUUAAAUUUUCCCAAUCUUAGAUCGAUCGUCAUUCUCAACGCGUUUCAAUUACAUAGGCGAAUAUUAAUAGGUGAAAGUCAACUCUUAAGACGCGCUCUAAGGGUCUGACCAUAAUCGCAUCACCGAUUACGCCGAGACCUUUCUGCUUUCUGGGCGCAUUCAACUAUUCCCCAAUGCUACCAAUCGACCGAAAUCAAACAUGACGGCCAAUUCGAACCGGUUCUCGACCUAUACAAGUACCUCCGUCGGUACCGGUACCGGUUCGGAGGGAAAGAAGGAUGAUCAAAAGAAGGACAUGUGGAGUUCUAUGCUCGACUCCGUCGCUAGCGGAAAGAGAUUACCAGAGAAGAACUUGUUGGUUCUAGGCGGUUCUGUAGAUUCGCAACGAGACUUCCUCGAAGCCCUGUCGAGCAACGAUACACGAAAGAAUAUCGACCGGAACAAUCAGAAGAUCCCACCAAUCGCCAAUAGCUUCGCACUUGGUUAUACAUAUUAUAAUGUCUUGGACGCAGACCAAGAAGACAUCCUAGCACGAAUAUCUCUCUACCUACUUACAAGCCCGGCGCCUUCUUUCACUUCGCUCAUCCAACCGCUCUUGACUCCCCAAUCGAUCCCCAACACCUUAAUAGUAAUACUACUCGACUGGUCGCAACCCUGGUUAUGGAUGCGACAACUGCGGGAGUGGCUGCUGCUGCUGCGAACAGUCAUCAUGUCUCUAAGCCCCGAAUGUAAAGAGACUAUGGAAGAGGCUAUGAACAACUGGAGAGACCGCGGACGUACGGGCGGGUCCGUUAACUUGGACGGCACAGGUGCGGUUGCUACAGAGGGAGAUGUCGCGCUACCCCUUGGACCAGGAGAGUGGGAAGACGGACUUGGUCUGCCACUAUGCGUCGUCUGUCAAAACUCCGAGAGAAUAGACUACUUAGAGAAAACCCAAGGAUGGAAGGAAGAGAAGUUCGACCUCGUUCUCCAGUAUCUCAGAACUGUCUUACUAAGACAUGGAGCCUCUCUUAUCUACACGACACCGUCGAUGGCAUCGCCUCUACAGACGCUUGUUCACGCCAGUCUCGGAAUUCAUUCGCUACUAAAGCGCACCCCCUUAAAAACCAACGUCAUCGACCGAGACAAGAUUGUGGUGCCUCCAAACUGGGACUCCUGGGGCAAGAUCCGAGUGUUGCGAGAUGGGUUUGAUGUGGAGCAAGUUAGCGAGGGCUGGGUAAUAGAUCUUGACCAACCUUUCCCCAUGCCUAGGAGCGACAGCACAAGUGACGCCGCCCACCAAGCAAAUGGUGAAAUAAAUGGCGUCGACGAACCCGAAGGAUCAGCGGUGGUAUUAUACGAAGAGCAGGUUCAAGACACAAGCCUAGAUACCCUACAACUAGCCCAGGGAAAUAAGGACACUAGCAGGUUGGAGAUACCAUCAGUCGAUACACAAGCUUUCCUCGCGAACCAGUUAGAACGACUCGAACAGGUAAAGAAGGCAGACGAGAAAGCUGGCAAGGACAAUUCUUUCGCGCAAAGUACAACCGACGACAUGAUUAGCGAUCACAUUGGCCCAGUACAAUUCAACAUGGGAGGCAUCCAAGUUGAUGCUGACGAUAUGGUACAACGCCUCAAGGAUCGUCAGGCCUACGGACAUUCCCCUGAACCUCACUUGGAUGACGAAUCUCAACUCGAGGAAGGAUCGGCCCCGGUUGAUACAGAUACACUUGCCAAAUUCUUCGGCAACUUGAUGAACAGAAAACCUACAACCCCGGGUCCCGUGACUAAGGCAUGAUAGAAGUAUGUACAUAUGAGACGCGUACAUGGCGACCAACACUCAGGAGAAAUAAACUUGCCCGUACAAGCGGACGGCUAAACCCGAAAUCAAACGGGACACUCCAAACACACAUCCGGUCCAACCAUACCACGCAUUACGAUCCACAGUCGAUUCAGUUCACGAUGACGGAUCAGAGUUCUUUUCAAUUUGUACAACUACCUACGGAUGCAGGAACCAUACCACAUCGGCAUCAGGGAGAAGGAAAGGGGGUUUUUACCACGUAUCAAGGGAGAGGGGUUUUUUUCCGGCGAAGGUUGAGAAGACAAAAAAUAAGAGAGCCUCGCAUUAGCACGUACUCGGAGUUAUUGGCCGUUUCCGCCUCCUUCGUACUUCGUCUUUCUGUGUACUUAUGUUGGACUUUUGGAGAAAGGAUGGGGAUGGGGAGGAGGUAGUGGUGGUGAUGGUGAUGGUGAAAGAUGGGAGAUGGAGAAGGCGAGCCCUGCGUCUAUGGUUCGAGACUGUAGAAUAGAUACCCCUUGCAAUAAAUGAUAUGAAGAGA